GAUGGCAUAGAAUGUGCAAAAGUAGCAGACAUACCAGAACUCACCCACAUUCUAGGCAUGUGUUCAGUCCUUCAGUAUUACUAUUGUUGUCAGUAACCAUGGCGAUGUGGUAGUUGUGGCUGUUAUGAGUAACCAUAGUAACCUAUGAUGUGGCAAAAUGGAUUGUCAACCAGCAAUAUCAAUACUAUAACAAAUGAAAUAAAAAUUAUAUAGAAAUAUAGCAUAUACAAAUAAAAUACACAAUAACAGUAAUAUAAAAAUAAAAUACAUAAAAUUGAAAAAAUCUAAAAUGUUAAAACUAAAAAUACAUAAAUAAAGCACAAAAAUAAUACAUAAAAGGAAAGUUGAAGGUGAGUUUACAGGCAGAAAACAAUAAAAUAAUACUACUGACAAAACAAAGCAAGCUUGCCAUGUGGUGGCUGCCCAGGAACUUUGUAUGCCAUGAAGAGGCUCGAAGGUGCAUUUUUACACUUUAAAAAAAUCACAUGACAUAACAAUAACAUUAACCGGGGCGGGGGUGACUUUUAAAGGCAAAUGACAUAUUUUUAUCCAGUAAACUCCUCAAUUUGGACGUUUAGUUUUAUCGUGAAAACGUCACAUUCCUUUCUGAGGUUUUACUUGGGAGGCUUGUUCGUACACAGUUUCACCAGCAGAUGGCGGAAAACGACGGACGAUAGGUAACCAAGAAACUCAGUUGUCAAUAGAAAAGCGACUAAAGUAAGGAAUUCGUAUGACGUCAAAAUGAUCAAAAUCAUAAAAAGCUAAAUUUCUGGAGUUGAGGCAUAUUUUAAAGCUUUUUAAUAUGCAAUCAUCGGCCACUUUAUUAGGAAUAAGAGCCGUGCAGGUACACCUGAUUAAGUGUCAGGUAUGUUCAAAUGAAAAUAUCUGCCAUGAAACGUCAUUGAUUCGUACCUGCCUCCUUCUUGCGGUUUGAACACAAAAAGGCAGAAAACGCAACAAUUAUUGAAAAUGUUAGAUCUCCAAAAUAAUUUCUAUGCAGUAUUUGGUGUUUGAACAAUUCUUCAACAGGUGCAACUAAUAUUUACAAAAUCAACUACCCCGCCCACCUCGGCUUCUGAUUGGUUGUUGCUUCCCCUGCGACACCUGCCACAAGGAAGUAGUUGCCAAUACAAAAAGCAGCCCUAAAAUGUCCAAAGUCAGCUUUUUUCAUGAGUCUCAAUUGUAGUGACAUGAUUCACAAAGCAAACAUGACAACUGUUGCACUUUGCUGGGCCGCAGCCCUUAUUUUAACAUGUGUUUUGAUGGUUGACGGUUAUCGACUGAGGAAGGCAAACAGGAGACACGAUGAUCUUGAGGCCAAAGCCACAGGCCUCAGACGAGGCAAGAUUGUAUUUGGGAAUGUUCUGGACGGGGAUUCUCCGGUGAUGGACACCAAGAAAUCAAACACUUCUGUGGAGGAUGAAAUGUCCUACCAAGCGGAUUUUCCUGCACAAACGCAACAGCCAACUUCUCAGGAAGCCUUCUGGAGGCACAUGAGUUCUCUGCAUUGUGCUGGUGACCAGAUGAAGCUCAGGGUUAAUUCACUGGGGCCCAGCCACUUGAGUGUGCAGCAAGCUAAUGGACAUCCAUUGCCUUUGUCCCUCGUGCCUUCAACCUGUGGGUACAACAUGCACUGGAAUUCUCUUGGAUUCCUCAUGUAUGUCCCUUUUGGUGGCUGUUAUAUGCUUCAGCAGGGUGGAAGUUUUGUGCUGCCAAUGCUUUGGCAGGAACUUCCAGUCUCUCUCUGGUGCCCCAAACCAUCUCUGACAACUGCUGCCCCAAAGGUAACCACUGCACUACCAUCAGAUCCAAAUGGUUCUGAUGUCCAGGUCCCUCCCACUCUGCCUCAGACUACCAAUUUGCCCACUUGGCACAAGGUCCAAGUUUUACCUCGUGGCCUUCAGAACCACAAGUUUCCUACUGAGCCUCAGGUCCAAAUGCUCCACCCUAGGUCUCAGUUUCCUUUAGCAUCUGUACCUCAGAACCACAUGUUGCCUUUUGAACCCCAGGUCCAAAUCCCCCCCGCUGGGUCUCAGUUUCCCUUUCCCUCUGUACCUAAGAAUCCAAAGUUUCCAUCUGAGCCCGAGAUCCAAAUUCUACCCCCUGGGUCUCAGGUUCCCUUCCCAUCUGUGCCUCGGAACCACAUAAUGCCCCAGUUCCCCGGGUUCCCAAUGGGCCUCCCAGCACCUCAGAACAUCUAUGUACCUCGACAAUACUUGGUGCCACAAGUGAGUCAGUACCCACUCUUAAAUCCCUACGCCUGGCAGUUCCCGGGACAUCAGCCACUAAGUGGGAAACAAACACCCAGCCAAAAGGACCCCGCAAAUCCGGGAAUGCAGUCGAAUAUUCCUUAUUUUCCCUGGCCAUAUCCUUAUUACCCUGCAAAGCCGACGACAACCCCGGCACAGACCACAACUGCGGCACCUUUCCAAAUUCCUCCAGAGCUAAUACCCGCUUAUCAGGAACUCAUGGCUGCAAUGCUUGCUGCUAGCUGA